UUUCAUCAAAUGAUAAACUGAAAGCCAAGUCCAACCCAGGUCUCUCCUCCCUGUGAGGAGGAGUCAAUGCAAAAAUCAGAUGUCUUCCACCUCUACUUAUUUGACUGCAGAGAGAAUGACAGAGAACAGUGGACACACAGUUUAACAUGAUGGACUAUAGGACAGGACUGCUGCUUUUAACUCUCUGCUGGGCAGGUGUUGAUGGUCAGACUCUGACAGAAUCUGAACCAGUGGUUAAAAGGCCUGGAGAAUCUCACAGAUUGACCUGUACAGCCUCUGGAUUCAUGUUCAGCAGCUACUAUAUGAGCUGGGUCAGACAGGCUCCUGGAAAAGGACUGGAGUGGAUCGCUUUCAUAAGCACAGCUAGUACUCCUAUCUAUUACUCCCAGUCAGUCCAGGGUAGAUUCACCAUCUCCAGAGACGACUCCAGCAGUAAACUCUAUCUACAGAUGAACAGUCUGAAGACCGAGGACACAGCAGUGUAUUACUGUGCCAGAGAGGACCAGAACUGGGAUGCUUUCGACUACUGGGGAAAAGGCACUAUGGUCACAGUGUCAUCAGCCACUUCAACUAGACCGACUGUGUUUCCUCUGAAGCAAUGUGGUUCUGGGACUGGAGACAUGGUCACUCUUGGCUGCCUUGCCACCGGCUUCACACCUUCCUCACUGACCUACGCAUGGAGCAAAAACGGGGCGGCCUUGACGGACUUCAUUCAGUACCCUCCAGUACAGAAAGGCAACGUUUAUACGGGAGUCAGUCAAAUCCGAGUGAGGAGACUGGACUGGGACGCCAGGGAGUCUUUCCGAUGUGCUGUGACACAUCCAGCAGGAAAUGGACAGGCUGAUUUCAGAAAACCAAGCCAGCGGGUUGUCUCACCAAACAUCACAUUACACCCUGUCUGGGAAGGUGAAUUCGGAGCCUCACCAGUCAGACUCAUCUGCACCCUAAGUGGCUUCUUUCCAGACAAACUGAAUGUGAAGUGGCAACGGGACAACAGAGCUCUAGACGGGCAAAUCCAAAGGAAGCUGCAGAGUGUGGAGGGAGUGGAGAAAACCUUCAGUCUAAGCAGUGAGAUUGAGCCAAAUAAGAAAGAGUGGGCAGAUGGCUCAAGUUUUACAUGCACGUCCAUUCACAACAACAGUGAAUUAAAAAAAACAAUAAGUAUUUGUCAAAUCCAUUCAAGCGCCGCUCCUUCCAUUCAUGUGGAGAUUCCCAGCUUCAAGACAGUAAUGAUGUCAGCGUCUGAGGUGAAGGCAACAUGUUCCCUCCGCACCGUGUUUGACGCCAAGGUGACCUGGCUGAUGGAUGGGAAACUUCCAUCCAGAGACCAAGUGAACAAGGUCACAAACACAACUCAUUUAAUAAGCACUCUGACGGUUUCCUUGAAUCAGUGGAAACGACUGAAGCUUCUAAACUGUAAAGCUGAACAUCGCUGCUUCUCAUCCGCUGAAAAGACCGUAAAAGUCGCAGGGCCUGCAGUUACAGCUCCAUCAGUGGAGAUCAGGAGAUCGCUCCCAGAUUUGCUGAAGGGAAACAGUGCUGUGCUGGAGUGUGACAUCACACAACUCUCCUCCAGUGACCUCUACAUCACCUUUCAGGCCAACAGUGUUGAUAUUUCUGACAAACAGUAUGUUGAUCUCCCUGAAGCCCCAGGCCUCCAUUCGGUCAGUAGACGCUUCACUGUCCCUCCAAGUCACUGGAAGAAAGACACAAGUUUCACCUGCAAAGUGAAUCAAGGCUUCUCCAGCAACUUUGAGUCAAACUCCACUGGCAAAAUCUUUGUGGACCCAUCAGUGGAGCUCCUUCUGGUCCCCAGUAAAGAGUCAGGACCACAGAGGCUCGUUUGCUCUGGAUGGGGCUUCGACCCUCAAAUUAAAUGGUUUUCUGAGUCUCAGCAAAGAUCUCCAUCAACUAAUGACAUCAGCAUGGGUGCAGAUGGACGUGUGGCAGUAACCAGUCAACUUCAUAUCCCCCAAACAGAGUGGAAAACAGGGAAGGGCUUCACUUGCAAAGUGUCUGACAAGUCUCUGAACAAAAGUGUCAGAAGGGACAUCAGCCUCUGCUCAGCUUAUUCAAGCGCCGCUCCUUCCAUUCAUGUGGAGAUUCCCAGCUUCAAGACAGUAAUGAUGUCAACGUCUAAGGUGAAGGCAACAUGUUUGGUCCGCACUGUAUUUGAUGCCAAGGUGAGCUGGCUGAUGGAUGGGACAGUCUCUCCCAGUAACACAGUGAGCCGGGACACAAACACAACUCAUAUAAUCAGUAAUGUAACGCUUUCGUCAAGCCAGUGGAAACGACUGAAGAAUAUAACAUGCAGAGCAGAACAUGACUGCUUCUCAUUCACUGAAAAGACCGUAAAAGUCGCAGGGCCUGCAGUUACAGCUCCAUCAGUGGAGAUCAGGAGAUCGCUCCCAGAUUUGCUGAAGGGAAACAGUGCUGUGCUGGAGUGUGACAUCACACAACUCUCCUCCAGUGACCUCUACGUCACCUUUCAGGCCAACAGUGUUGAUAUUUCUGACAAACAGUAUGUUGAUCUCCCUGAAGCCCCAGGCCUGCAUUCGGUCAGUAGACGCUUCACUGUCCCUCCAAGUCACUGGAAGAAAGACACAAGUUUCACCUGCAAAGUGAAUCAAGGCUUCUCCAGCAACUUUGAGUCAAACUCUACUGGCAAAAUUUUUAUGGACCCAUCAGUGGAGCUCCUUCUGGUCCCCAGUAAAGAGUCAGGACCACAGAGGCUCGUUUGCUCUGGAUGGGGCUUCGACCCUCAAAUUAAAUGGUUUUCUGAGUCUCAGCAAAGAUCUCCAUCAACUAAUGACAUCAGCAUGGGUGCAGAUGGACGUGUGGCAGUAACCAGUCAACUUCAUAUCCCCCAAACAGAGUGGAAAACAGGGAAGGGCUUCACUUGCAAAGUGUCUGACAAGUCUCUGAACAAAAGUGUCAGAAGGGACAUCAGCCUCUGCUCAGCUUAUUCAAGCGCCGCUCCUUCCAUUCAUGUGGAGAUUCCCAGCUUCAAGACAGUAAUGAUGUCAACGUCUGAGGUGAAGGCAACAUGUUUGGUCCGCACUGUAUUUGAUGCCAAGGUGAGCUGGCUGAUGGAUGGGACAGUCUCUCCCAGUAACACAGUGAGCCGGGACACAAACACAACUCAUAUAAUCAGUAAUGUAACGCUUUCGUCAAGCCAGUGGAAACGACUGAAGCAUAUAACAUGCAGAGCAGAACAUGACUGCUUCUCAUUCACUGAAAAGACCGUAAAAGUCGCAGGGCCUGCAGUUACAGCUCCAUCAGUGGAGAUCAGGAGAUCGCUCCCAGAUUUGCUGAAGGGAAACAGUGCUGUGCUGGAGUGUGACAUCACACAACUCUCCUCCAGUGACCUCUACGUCACCUUUCAGGCCAACAGUGUUGAUAUUUCUGACAAACAGUAUGUUGAUCUCCCUGAAGCCCCAGGCCUGCAUUCGGUCAGUAGACGCUUCACUGUCCCUCCAAGUCACUGGAAGAAAGACACAAGUUUCACCUGCAAAGUGAAUCAAGGCUUCUCCAGCAACUUUGAGUCAAACUCUACUGGCAAAAUUUUUGUGGACCCAUCAGUGGAGCUCCUUCUGGUCCCCAGUAAAGAAUCAGGACCACAGAGGCUCGUUUGCUCUGGAUGGGGCUUCGACCCUCAAAUUAAAUGGUUUUCUGAGUCUCAGCAAAGAUCUCCAUCAACUAAUGACAUCAGCAUGGGUGUAGAUGGACGUGUGGCAGUAACCAGUCAACUUCAUAUCCCCCAAACAGAGUGGAAAACAGGGAAGGGCUUCACUUGCAAAGUGUCUGACAAGUCUCUGAACAAAACAGUUGAAAAGGAAAUCAGCCUCUGUUCAGUAACUCCAGCAUCAUCUCAGAUAGUUGGCGUAUACGUUCAGGGACCACCACUCCAGGAGCUUCAGAGCCAGGGACAGGUGACUGUCACCUGUCUUCUGAUCGGCCCUUCUCUUAAUGAUUUCUCCAUCCACUGGAAAGUAGGUGGGAUCAAAUAUUCUCUCAAUGUCCACACGGAGCCACCAGUGAGUCACAGCAAUGGGACAGAGUCUUUGCGGAGCUUCCUCAAUGUGUCAGCGGAGGACUGGCAUGCAUAUAAACAAGUGUCUUGUGAGGGAAAGCACCGAUGUUCCAACCAGGGCUACGAGGACCAUAUAAGCAAAAGCAGAGCCACAGAGCCCUACAGUGAACCUUCAGCCACCUUGCUCCAGUCCUCUGAUGAACUUGUGUGCCUGGUCUUUGGCUUCAGCCCUGCAUCCAUUAACAUCACUUGGUUUGAUGACACCAAGGAACUGUUGGACUACAACACUAGUGAACCCCACAGAGGCCCAAACGGAAAGUUCAGCAUCCAAAGCCACCUCCGUCUGUCCCAAGUCAACUGGUUACCUGGGGCAGUCCUCACCUGCCGGGUGACACAUGCAAACACCACCCAAUCCCUGAAAAUAGCUAAACCAGAUAUCUUGGAGGACUGUCUUUUCUUCGAUGACAUCAUGCAUGCUCAUGUGAGCCAAGACAUCGAUGUGGAAAACUGGUAUAUGGCUUUCACUUUCCUCCUUUUUUUCCUCAUCUCCAUCAUCUAUGGUGUCUUGGCUACCGUGAUUAAGACUAAAUGACCCCAGGACAGAUCCCAUUUUAUGAUCCAAAUAUGGACUGUUGAUUUUUGAUGACAUAUGGCCUUACUGGUUUUAAAGUGUAAUUAAUGCAUUUUUUUCUUUUUUAUAUUGCUAUUAUUCUAUUUUAUGGAAAUGAUUAUACUAUAUUCCUUUUUUUAUGUUUCAUUUCUAUAUUUGGUGUGGCAUGUAUGUAAUGAAUGUGUGUAAGAAGAAACAAGACAAUAAAUAAAUAAAAUAA